AGUUUGAAGAAAUGAUCCCUUUUUCUUUUUAAAUACUCUUUUCACUCCUUCCAAUUCAGAACAGUUUCUUCUUACAAACAAUCAUGCAUUCUGUUUCUUCCACAAUUCACCUUUCAUUCUUCCACAAUUCUGUUUCUUCCAAAUGCCCAAGAACUGCGUCAUCUCUCUCCAUGGAUUCUGAUUUCUUGAAGAAAGAUGCUUCGCUGCAGCUUUUGAGUCUAAAGCCCCAUCUCCCCAGACAAAAAACUGCGACUUUCUGCCAUCUCAACUUUGGGCGGAAGCAACCUUCGCCAGAAGAAUUGGGUCCACAUGAAAGCUUGGAGUUUAGGAAUUUCAUUGUAAGAGAGGCCUUUCUUAAUGAAGAGUUUUGGAUAGCAGCUGCGCUAAGGGCAGAACAUAAGAUGGAAAAUAAAUCAAGAUAUAACCACUAUGAGAAGAGGCUACACACUAUCGAGGAAUAUGAUAAGAUAAAGAAGCAGUGCAGAGAGCCACAACCCGGCCAUAGCUCCACAUGCAUCAUCGCGGUGAAAAAGCAAGUAAAGGAUGUAACACGAAUAGUCCUACGAAGUGUCGUAGGAACCCUUGAUUUGAAUAUCAGAUGUUUGCAGUUUGGGCAGAGCUAUCCUAGAGAAAGGGUGUAUGCUACUGGUUUUCAAGUCAAGGAAAGAUCAUCAAGCAGAUACGGUUAUAUUGCAAACGUGUGUGUUACUAAAUCAUAUCGCCGCAAGGGUAUUGCAAGCACCAUGUUGUCUUUUGCUGUGAAAUAUGCAAAAUCUAGAGGUGUGAAUAGUGUUUAUGCGCAUGUAAAUAGAAAUGAUGGCCCUGCAUUGGCAUUGUUCCAAAAGUUGGGGUUUGAGGUACUUGACAUUGCAAACCCCUUGUUGAUUACGUGUAAUUUGUACUUGCUUGGCUUACAGAUAUAAAGGACCAAAGAUAUUUUGGUCUGCUACCAUUGGAUAUUUUACAAUUUUAUAUUUUCUUAAACACUAGCAUGUAUACAUUACAGUUUCAACAACUAUUUUUCAUUCAAAGAUUACAGGAUUCAAACUGAUACUGUGAUUAAUAUAAAUACAUGUACAUAACAUG